AUGCUUGGAUCUCUAAUUAAUGGUGUAAAAUCUGCAAUAGGAUCAAUUGGUGGAUUAACAAAUAUGAAUGUUGGAAUAGAAAUACCUGGUUUUGUAAAAAAUAUGUUUUCUAAAAAUCCAACUCAAUCAAAAUCAUCGUCAAAUUCAUUUAAGGCUGAUUCAGAUAGACCAAAGUUUAUCAAAAAGGAGGAUGAAGGUGAUUCAGAAUCAUCUAGUGGUGGUAAUAGUGAAAAAGAUAAUGAUGAGAAUGAUGGUGAAGAUUCUGGAGCACAUAAAAAUAAACGUGGUAUUCCAGCACAAGAUGAUGAAUUCAUGGUGCUUAAAAAAAAAUUGAUAGAAGUUUGUAAUAUUUUAAUGAGCAUUGAUCAUAAAGAGGCAUUAAAAUUACCAAGUAUUGUAGUAAUCAGUAGUCAAAGCUCUGGCAAAAGUUCUGUAUUAGAAGCAAUUGUUGAAGAAUAUGGUGAAUUUCCUCAACUUGGAUUAGGAAAAAUACAUGAUUUUUUACAUAUACAACAAACAUUACAUGAUCUUAAUUUGGCAGCACCAGAGUCUGAAUAUUUGCCUGGUUACAUUCAAGUCACAAAUAAAAACCAACCUGAAACUUUAAAAGAAAAAAUUGUUGAAUUAUGUGAGCAAUAUAUCAGAGAGCCAAAUAUUAUAUUAGCAGUAUGUUCUGCUGAUAUAUAUUUGGCAAAUUCAGAAGCUUUAAAAGCUAUUGAACCAGAAAUUGGUGCAAGUAUAUUAAGAAACACCGAUUAUCCAUUACAUCUAGGUUAUAUUGGUAUCCAAAUUGGUACUGGAACUUUAUGUAGGAAACUUAUGGAAGUGUUGGAGGAAAAUAUGGCAAAAUCAUUGUUUUCAAUUGUUUCAGCAGUCCAAUCAGAAUUAGAAGAGGCUUGUUAUCAAUUUAAAGUGCAAAAACCUCAAGUUAGAAAUGAAAUACAUGCUAUGUUAGAGCAGAGAGUGCUAGAUCUUUGUGCAGAGUUGUAUUGGACAGAUAAAAAGAUUGUUGACUUGCCAAAAACACCGCCUAAUGAUCUUUAUUGGUAA